AUGGGUUUAACGUCCGAGCAAAUCCAGACUCUCAUUGUCAUCGAGCGUUUUACCGCUUCCGUGUCAGUUAUAGGGACACUUAUUCUUAUCACGACCUUCAUUUUUAUUAAAGAUUUUAGGACACUAUCAAACACACUCAUUUUCUAUGCGUCAUUCGCGAAUCUUUUUGCAAAUGUUGCAGCUCUUAUUGGGGAUUCAGCCCUCUACCGUCUCGAUGGAGCUCUUUGCCAAUUCCAAAGUUUCCUGUUAGAAAUGUUCAUGCAAUCUGACCCGAUGUGGAGUUGCGCCAUGGCUGUGAACGUGUACCUCGUUUUCUUUCGACGCUUCGACGCGCCCCGGUUGAAGAAGCUGUACUGGUAUUAUGGAGUUAUAUGUUAUGGCCUGCCGUUCAUCCCCGCUAUAUUUUGUCUUUUCUACAAGACGGGACAGAAGGGGAAGAUGUACGGGGAUGCUACUCUCUGGUGCUGGAUAGACAACGACUGGGCUCCUAUAAGAAUAUACUCAUACUACGCCCCUAUCUGGAUCGCUAUCCUCAUCGCGCUCAUUAUCUACUUCCUUGUCGGAAUUGAGAUUUUUCAGAAGCGCUCGCAAUUGAAAGACCUGGACACCACCCAUUCGGCGACUGGCGCACCCAUCGAGCUGCCAGCUUUCUCGGGAACCCGCACCACUGAUGUUGAGGUCACGACUGACUCCUGGAAAGAGAAUUCUCUCGAGAUGCCCCCGCCCACUGCAUGCUCGCCACUCAAAGCCAACGACAGAAUUCCAGUUAGUGAAAGUAGUGAUCGAUAUUACUCUAUCACUAUAUCUGCCCACGGCCCUUCCCGCACCCUUCGCCCACUACCAACUCAACGGAGUCCCCAUAUAGUGCUUCCCCGCGGACCUAAUAGUAUUGACAAGAUCAAAUGGGCGUAUACGAAAUGCGCGAUGCUUUUUGCCAUCUCCAUUCUAAUCACAUGGGUUCCGGCGACUGUGAAUCGUGUAUAUGGCUUGCGGUAUCCGGCAAGCCCUUCCUUUGCACUCAACAUCGGAUCAGCCAUAGUGCUGCCGUUACAGGGGUUCUGGAAUGCUGUGAUAUAUUUUGCAACUAGUUUGUCAAUCUGCAACAAUGUUUGGGCACGCUUUCGGUCACGAAAACAGCCCGACGGCUUUACGGUACUACAUGGAACCCAUGAUACGGAGCAGCGCGUGGGACGGGGCAGGGAAAAGGGGAAGGAGAGUAGCGACAGCACAGUGGAGUUGUCAAAUAAUAGGAGUAGGGGAUCCUUGAAGGAUUCGUAUUGA